AUGGUUUCUAGAACAUCUGUUGCCUCGCGGGACGCGGACCCCAUCCAGGAUCUGAAGAGGAUCUCAGAGCUCUGCCAUCUGUGGCUGAGGCCCGACCUGCACACGAAGGAGGAGAUCAUGGACCAGCUGAUUCUUGAGCAAUUCAUGAUCUCCAUGCCCGAGGACCUGCAGGUCCUGGCCAGGGAGAGUGGUGUGACGAGGUGCCGGGACCUGGAGGACCUGCUCAGGAGCCACAGGAAGCCCCAGAAAUGGGGUGAGGAAGUACUGCCAGAGCCGGUUCCUGCCCAAAUAGACCUGCAGAACCAGGGAGAGGAUGUGAAGGAAGGUGGAGACCUCCCUGUCCAGGGGUCUCCCGAGCCUCAGCUUCCGCAGGGUCCUGCAGAUUCUGUGAAGAAGCCCCAAGAAGUUUGUAGUAAAAAUGCGCGCGCUUGCACCCCUGGGCCCCUGGCUGGGCAGGGAGAAGAUGCUCCCAUGGAACGCCAUUCUAAACGGCAGAGACGUUCCCACGAAGCUUCCCCAGAUCCCGGCCGGUUCUUGGGUCCAGCUGGGGUAAAUUCAGUGGUUCCAUCCAGCACCGCGCCACCUGCGGGCCCUGUGGGGGCGGAAGCCGCGGGCGCAGCUCGGCACCGGUGCGGGGUGUGCCAGAAGGGUUUGGCCUAUGGAUCUCAGCUGGUCGUCCAUCAGUGGUCUCACACCGGGGAGAGGCCCUUCAAGUGCAGCGAGUGCAGGAAGGGGUUCAUGCAGGCCUCAGACCUCCGCGUGCACAAGCGCAUCCAUACCGGCGAGAGGCCCUAUGAGUGUUCAGAUUGCAAGAAGCGGUUCAGCCACCUGGGCAACCUCUACGUGCACCGGCGCCUCCACACGCAGGCCAAGCCCUACACGUGCGACGUGUGCGGCAGUGCCUUCCGCCAUCUCUGGAGCUUCAAGCGCCACGGGAAAACGCACCAGGAGAUGCCGCCUGAUAAAGAGACUGUGCAACGCGGCCUCCAGCCCAUUCCCUGGGCGCAGGUGAAGAAGGCCAAGCGCCAGGACCUGGCGAGCUUGAUGACCCAGCGCUAUGGGGAACAGCCAGCGUGGGACCUGGCCCUCUGUAUCUUCCCCAAGAUCCACAGGAAGGACCUCUGUGACAAGGCCUCCAGGGAGAGCUCAGCAAAUGCCUAUCGAGCUCACAUACAGAAGAAGUUCAUCCGAAUGUGGUCCAGGGACGCCUUCACUGAGAUCCCUGGCUGCUUUGACCAGACAUUGACCAGUGAAGAACAUGAAAGUCUGAAAGAGUAUUUCACUCCAAGGGUACCCAGGAGGCCUCACACGGUCGUCCUCAAGGCAAUACAAAGAAUAGGGAAAACGAGGUUCCUGAUGAAGGUGAUGCUGGCCUGGUCAGACGGUACCCUCUAUCGGGACAAAUUCUCUUUCAUUUUCUACUUAUGCUGCCGAGAACUGAAGCAGCUGAGGGUGACCAGCCUGGCCAGGCUCAUCUGCAGAGAAUGGCCCGAUGACUCUGUCCCCUUGGCGGACAUCGUGGCCCAACCAGAGAGGAUCCUGUUCAUCGUCGACAGCUUAGAGGAGCUGCGGUCCACCCUGAUGGAGCCCGAGUCGGAGCUGUGCCGUGACUGGAGGGAGGAGCGUUCAGUGAAGACAGUGCUGAGCAGCCUGCUGAGGAGGAAGAUUCUCCCAGAGUCGGCCCUGCUCCUGGCUGCCAUACCCAGGCGCCCAGAAGCUCUGGAGAGCAAACUGGACCACCCAAACAUGCAAGAUCUCAGAUCCUUCCAGGCCAGCCAUGUGAAGCAGUAUUUCUGCUGCUCCUUUGGAGACAGGGGCCGAGCCAUGGCAGCCUUCAGCUGGGUGCAAAGCAAUGAGCAUCUCUUCACCAUGUGCCACGUCCCCCUCCUCUGCUGGAUGAUGUGCACCUCUCUGAAACAGGAGAUGGAGCGCGGGAGGGACCUGGCAGCCACCUGCUGCAGGUCCAGCUCUGUGUUCCUGUCUUUCAUGUUUCAAGCGUUCAUACCCAAGGGCGCUACUCGGCCCAGCCAGCAGGGCCAAGGCCUGCUGAAGGCGCUGUGUUCCCUGGCCGCGGAGGGCAUGUGGACCGACACGUGGGUGUUUGGCGAAGAGGAGCUCAGGAGGAACGGGAUUGCGGACACUGAUACCACCACCUUGCUGGACCUCAGGCUCUUCCGGAAGUACAGCGAGUCCGGGAGCUCCUACUCCUUCAUCCACACGUGCAUGCAGGAGGUCUGUGCGGCCAUGUACUACCUGCUGGACAGCUCCCGCGACCACCCCAGCCGGGCCGUGAGGCCCAUAGAGGCACUGCUGCUCACAUACUUCAGGAAAGACAGAGCCAGCUGGGUGUUCCUGGGCUGCUUCCUCUUUGGCCUCGUACAUGGAAGUGAGCAGCAGAGGCUGGAUGCCCUUCUUGGGAUGCAGAGGUCACGGGAGUUGGCGCCCCAGCUCCUGGGAUGUCUGAGGAGCCUGGUGGAGAUCAAGGAGCCUGAGGAGCAGGUGGAGUUCCUGCUGCUCUUCUAUGCCCUGUUCGAGAUGCAGAGUGACGCCUUUGCCAGCCACCUCAUGAGCAGCCUCCGCGAGGCCCAUUUCCCCCUUCGGGAGAGGCCAGACUUGGCGGUUGCUGCCUACUGCCUAAAAUACUGCUACAGCUUGAGGGAGCUCACUGUCUCAGUCCCAGAAAUCUUUCCGGAAGAGAGGGGACCAAACCCCAUGCUUCAGGAUUCGGGCCUCUCUGCUCCGGACUGCAAGGCCUUGUCCUCGAUGCUGGCGAACCAUAGGAAGCUGACGUUGCUGGACCUCAGUGAUAACAAGCUGGCUGAGGGUGUGCCCACACUGUGCACGGCCUUGCGCCACUCAGACUGCACCCUGCAGACGCUAGUGAUGGCCGGCUGCCAGCUCAAUAAGAACUCCUGCCCACACUUCUCUGAGGUUCUCCUGAGCAAUGCAAACCUGAGCCAUCUGGACCUCAGCAGCAACCCCCUGAUGGACGAGGGAGUGGCACAGCUGUGUGAGGCCCUGCGACAGCCCACCUGCCGCCUGCAGACACUGAGUUUGCAGAGGUGCGGGAUCACUCUGAAGAUCUGUCGGGUCCUGGCUCUUGUCCUUGAGAGCAACCCAAACCUGAGAAGCCUGGAUGUCGGGGGCAACAACAUAGGAGAUAUCGGCAUGGCGUUCCUGAGCGGAGGUGUUCUGCACCCCCACUGCGGCUUACAGGAACUCAGGUGGGUGCUGGGAAGCUGCGGGUGCAGCCUCACGGUGGCAGAAGGACAGGCUGAUGGGUAGGAGGAGACUGAAGGCAGCCGCACCUGGCUGCUGGUGCACAUCCAUCCACCCCACUGCCUUGGUUGGGAAUGGCUGGUCUCCCUGGGCUGUCGGGCAGGCUGGCUGGCAGCUGGGGAUGACCCUGAGGCAGCCCACAUCUCAUUUAAUGCUUAGUCCGGCCUCUGACACAGCAUCCGCAUGUGCUCAUCAGCCUGCGCUAGCAAAGUGCACAGACCAAGAGAAGUUCUGGAGGCCGGGAGUCCCAGCUCAAGGUGCCCAGGGCCUGGUUCCUUCUCAGGGCCUGCAGGGAGGAUGGCUCCAGGCUGCUCCUUGGCUCCCGGUGCCGCCUCCUCCCUGUCCGCAGUCUUCCCUCUGGGCCUGUGGGCGCCUGGACUUCCUGUUCCUGCAGGGACACCAG